UUGCUGUAUGUGUGUGUGAACUUUAUACAAUUUAAUUAAAAAAUCGAGUAAACGGAAAUUGGAAAUUCGAAGUGCCAAACAACUUAAACCUAUCUUAUCCGGAAUUGACACAUUCAAAUGAUAAUCAAAUGCGAAGAUGUAAAGGGAAAAUAACUGCAUCGGGAAACCAGUCAUUAAAAAAAAUGCUUAUUUACUCGAAAAAAAAUAUAUGCGCUGAUAAAUUAGGAAACAUUUACUAAUUACAAAAUACAAAUAAAAGGAGAAAACAAGAGAAAGGCGUGAUAGAGAGCAAUAUUAAGUCAGUUGGAGCUGGGUGGCUGGAGUAUGAUAGACAGUUAUGCCUUCGGUACGCCCUGGUAGUCUCAAAGAUCCGGAAAUAGCCGAUCUAUUCAACAAGCAUGAUCCGGAAAAGAUUUUUGAGGAUUUGCGUGAGAUCGGCCAUGGAUCGUUUGGUGCCGUUUACUAUGCCCGCUGCAAUCUCACCAAGGAGAUUGUGGCCAUCAAGAAGAUGUCGUAUACGGGUAAACAAAGUCAAGAGAAGUGGCAGGACAUACUCAAAGAGAUCCGCUUCCUACGUCAGUUGAAUCAUCCGAAUACUAUUGAAUACAAAGGCUGCUACCUACGCGAGUCAACCGCCUGGCUAGUGAUGGAGUACUGUGUGGGUUCCGCCUCGGAUAUAAUCGAGGUGCACAAGAAACCUCUGCACGAGGACGAAAUCGCUGCCAUCUGCCUGGGUGUACUCAGUGGCUUGAGUUAUUUGCACUCUCUCGGUCGCAUCCACCGUGACAUAAAGGCUGGAAACAUCCUACUAACAGACAACGGUAUCGUUAAACUGGCUGACUUCGGAAGUGCGGCCAUCAAGUGCCCCGCCAACAGCUUCGUCGGUACCCCCUAUUGGAUGGCUCCCGAGGUUAUCCUGGCUAUGGACGAGGGCCAGUACGAUGGCAAGGUAGAUGUGUGGUCUCUGGGCAUCACCUGCAUUGAGUUGGCUGAACGAAAGCCGCCCUACUUCAACAUGAAUGCAAUGUCCGCACUCUAUCACAUUGCCCAAAAUGAGUCGCCGAUGCUUCCGAAGAAUGACUGGUCAGAUGCAUUCUGUAGAUUUGUCGAGUUGUGCCUCAAAAAGAUGCCUCCCGAGCGUCCUUCUUCGGAAGAGCUCUUGCUGCAUGAGUAUGUUACACGACCGCGCUCCGAUACGGUCCUGCUAGAACUAAUAGCUCGCACCAAAUCGGCCGUGCGCGAAUUAGAUAACCUCAACUACCGCAAGAUGAAGAAGAUACUCAUGGUGGACACGUGCGAGACAGAGAGUGCCAUGGGCGAUGCCGAUGACCAACAGGACGAUCAUGUCGGCGGUGACAGCAGCAAGAGCAAUAGUAUUACUUCGGAACACUCCAUACACUCUGUUGGUGUAUCAGCAGCAAGUAGUCAGAGCUCAUCAUCGAAUUCUAUACCGGCUGCUGCACAGAAUCAUCACCAUAUCGCUGCGCACCAUCAUCAGCAGGCGGCUGCUGCAGUGGUAGUUGCCAUGCAUCAUCACUAUCAUUCACAGCAGCCGCAGCUCAGCAGGCCUAGUGGUGGCGGCGGACAGCAACAGGUGGUUCCGGUCGGCGGCGCUUCGCGGAACUCAUCGCGACAUCGUAAUCGACCGCCGUUGCCUAACAUCAUGCACAGCAUGAACAACAAUGUGACGCCAACUAACUCGGCAUCUGUCGUGCCAGCGCCCGCCGCAACGCUUUCCAUGAUCACGCAUCUUAGCGGAAUAGGUCAUAGCACAGGAGGCAGCAGUGGAGGGCCGCCGGCUUCCGGCCCUGGAGCUGAUCGUAUGCCACCAAUCGUAUGCCAGCCGCGCUAUCUGACAACUCCUGCCGCCCAGGCAGCCGUUUAUGCAGCCUCUUCGGCCUCCUCGCAGCAAGCCAUCUCCAAUGCUGUCAACGAUCACGGCCCCAAUAACUUUGCCACUAUACGCACCACCAGCAUUGUUACCAAGCAACAGAAGGAGCACAUGCAGGAAGAAAUGCACGAACAAAUGUCGGGCUACAAACGGAUGCGACGCGAACAUCAGGCUCAUCUUGUGAAGCUCGAGGAAAAGUGCAAGGUUGAUAUGGAAGCGCACAAGACGGCCCUUGACAAGGAAUAUGACACUCUAUUGCAUAGUUUCACCAGGGAACUCGAACGACUCGAGAAUAGGCACCAGCAGGACGUGGAGCGUCGAUCAAAACAGACUAGCGCAGCCGAGAAGAAACUACACAAAGAGAUUACACUAAAGCAAGACGGCGAUCGCAAGGUGUUCGACUUAAAUCGCAAAAAGGAAUACAAAGCGAACAAGGAGCGCUGGAAACGCGAGCUCUCUAUGGACGACUCAACGCCGAAGCGUCAACGUGAUCUUACCUUGCAGUCGCAGAAGGAUAAUCUAAAGCAACACGAGGCGCAAGAGGAGCAACGUAUGCUACAGGCACAAAAGCAAUAUAUUGACCUCGAGAUGCGCAAAUUCAAGCGAAAGCGUAUGGUUGUGCAUCACGAACAUGAUGAUCAGCAGUUGCGAGACGAACUCAGCAAGAAGGAACAUCAGCUAGAGCAAGCGCAUGCCAUGCUCUUAAAGCACCACGAAAAGACACAGGAACUGGAGUAUCGCCAGCAAAAGAGCGUUCAUCAGUUGCGAGAGGAGCAGAUAAACAAGCAACACGACACAGAGUUGCACAAUCAAAAAGACUAUAUGGAUCGCAUUAAAAAGGAGCUGCUGCGCAAGCAUGCGCUCGAGCUAAGACAACAGCCCAAAAGCCUGAAGCAAAAAGAGCUGCUUAUACGUAAACAGUUUCGUGAGACUUGCAAAACGCAAACGAAACAAUACAAACGUUACAAGGCUCAAGUUCUGCAAACGACACCAAAAGAACAACAGAAAGAAGUUAUCAAACAGCUGAAAGAGGAAAAGCAUCGGAAGCUUACGCUGUUAGGUGAACAGUAUGAACAAAGUAUUGCGGAUAUGUUUCAAAGUCAAAGCUAUAAACUGGAUGAAAGUCAAGUGAUCGAGUGCCAACGUACUAAUGAGCAAUUGGAAUACGAACUGGAUAUGCUGACCGCAUAUCAAAACAAGAACAAGAAACAAGCACAGGAACAGAGGGAUCGUGAGCGUCGUGAGUUGGAGAAUCGUGUCAGCGUACGGCGUGGGCUCCUCGAGAACAAGAUGGAUGCCGAGUUGCAACAAUUCAAUCAGGAACGCGCCGAGCGCUUGCGCAUGAAACAUGAAAAGCAUUCUAGAGAAUUGGAAGCAUUUGAUAAUGAAUCACUUGCUUUAGGUUUCAGCACUUUAUCGCUUACUGAGGUAUCCCGUGAAGCCUAUCCAGAUGACGAAGCAAGUCUCUCUGGAUCUAUGAUUAGUUUAGCUCAUAGCAAUAGUUCAACAAGCUUUCCAGCUGGUUCGCUAUAGCAUAGACAACAUCAACAAUGGAAAUCAGAAAAGGCGUUAAUAAAUAUGAACUAUUUAAAUUUUAUUACAGUUAUAAAGCAAACACAAAAACAACAGCAUAAAUGAAAUCCGACAUGAGUAGCAAUAUCUGCAGAUAACACUGUAAAAAUAACACAAAAAACAAUAUUGGCAAAUGUUGUUUUGUAGUGACUAAAAUCACAAUAUAAUGAUUGGAAAAAAAACUACUUUUUAAUAAUUACAAAAGGCAGAAGCUGGAAUAGUUUUGUAUUAAAAUGAAAUCGAUUAAAGAAAACAUCAACAGAAAUAAAUUUAAAAAAUCACACAACCGUAAUAAAAUUAGAAAACUUAGCUGCAUGAUAAUAAACUUAAGCUCAAACGUCAACCACAAAUAAUAAAACAAGCUGAAAACAAAAAUCAAACACGCAAACAAAGAACAAGUAAAAAAUAAUUUAUCCAAAGUUUAAAAGCUAUUUAGAUUACCAGAAAAUUGAAUCAAUUACUAAUUUUUUGUUACCCAUUUCGGUUUUUUUUACACUAUACAAAUUUAAAUAUAAUUAUGUGUGCGUAUUUAUUGUAUCGCUCGUUAUUCACCCCAUCAGAUUGCCGUUGCAUUUCAAUGUUUUGAAUUGUAAAUGUUUGAAUGAAUUGAAAUCAUUAUAAUUAGCCUGGAAAAAAACGGACUUUUUGCAUGUUAUGUUCAAUGUUUGACAAUUACAUAUUUUUUCAUUUGGCUGGUUACAAGAAGUUUUGUGGCCAAAUUUUGUAUAGAGGGAAGGCAAAAAGGUUAGUUUAUUUAUCAUUUAUUUUUGUUUUAACAAAAAAGAUAUUAAAUACAUAACCUAAAUAUUCUUAUUUUAGAGUUAAUGCAAAGUGCUUAGUCAAAACAAUAAAAAUUGUAUAGAAAAUUACACCGUAUAAAUGUUUAAUUAUUAAAGGAACUAUAUUUUUGGGGAAAUAUAUUGAUUUAGUCAUUGAUUUGAAUGCACACGAAUCACACACACACACACUCAUUCGAGACAACCAUACAACAAAGUGAAGAAAUGAAAACUAACUAUAUAUAUAUUUUAAAAUGAAUUAUAAUAAUACAGUUUCCAGUGAAUUAUUUAAAAUGCAAAACGAUUACGCAGCCCUACAAAUUUUCCGUUAGUAAUUAUUUAAAUUACAUAGAAUACAAAUAAAUUUUAUUAAUGAGAAUUGGAUGAAAUUUUGGACGUACAGACACAAAAAUACAGAUGAGUAUGAUAUUUUAGAUAUGAUGAUCUUGAUUAUUAUUUUGGAGGUGUAUUACAUCCAACUACAUAGCUUGAUAGGUACUUUUGUAUGUAUAGAUCCACCAGAUUUACAUACAAGAAAGAAAAUAUAAAAAUGAGAGUAAAAAAGAUAGAACAUGGGGAACUCAAAACAUA